CCCAGCUGAGAGGGAGAACGAAGCAAAGAAACCCAAAAUGAAGUUCCAGGUUGCAGCUGCUUUCCUCGGCCUCUGCCUGCUGUCUCUGUGCAGCACCCAGGCUGCACCUGCGAAUGGAGGCAGCUUUGAUGGCAACAGUGUAGGAUCUGGCAGCUUCAACAACAAUGGAAACCAGUUUUGGGCUUAUGGAGGAAACAGUGGAAGUUUUGAUAACAACAAAGCUGGCGACAACAGCUUCAACAACAAUGGAAAUGAUAAUGAUGACCCCAUUGUUUGGUAUUAGACACCCAGGAAACCACUGCAACACAGAUACAAGUGCCUUCUGCCCCUUUUUGUUUCGUAAAUGAUUCUCUCUUGUGGGAUCUUUCCUUGCUGCUGAACCACCAAAACCUUUUCUUGCAAAUAAAGAACCUUGGCGUCACUUGUUGAUCAAUAAA